AUGUCGAACAAGCCGAUCUUUGUGGCUACGCAUCCGCGAGCAUGCUCGACGGCCUUUGAGCGCGUCUUCAUGACUCAGCGUGACACCAUUCAGUGUGUUCACGAGCCGUUCGGCGACGCUUUCUACUACGGCCCAGAGCGUCUCUCGGGCCGAUUUGCAGACGAUGAACAAGCUCGUCUCGAGAGUGGAUUCAGCGAAUCCACGUAUAGCACCGUGAUGGACAGACUCGAACGAGAAGCUACACAGGGAAAGAGAAUCUUCAUCAAGGAUAUCGACCACUACCUGCUCCCACCGAGUGGAAAGCCAGCCAGCCUGGCUCCAUCCCUGCUGCGCCUGAAGCGCGGCGUCGGGACUGACGAGACCAAUGGCGAGGGCCCCCAGGCCAACGGCGUGAAUGGUGUCGACGGCACCCACACCAAUGGCCACACCAACGGCCACACCAAUGGUACCAACGGUGUGACUAACGGUGAGACAAGUGGUCACUCGAACGGCCUCAGCAACGGCCACAGCAACAAAGAGCCCUAUCCGUACAACACUCCCGCAGAACCAGGCAACCCAACAGUGAUGCCCCGCGAACUGCAAGAGAAGUUCCACUGGGCAUUCCUAAUCCGCGACCCGCAUUACAGCGUGCCGUCGUAUCUGCGUUGCACGAUUCCCCCACUGGACGACGUAACCGGGUUCCACAACUAUGACCCCACCGAAGCCGGGUACGACGAGCUGCGCCGCCACUUCGACUACCUGCGCGAAGCCGGGCUCGUUGGGCCGCGUGUUUCGACUCGACCGGAGCUUAGCUCUGGCGAGGAGGUUGCUCCCGGUGCUGUUGAGAUUUGCGUUAUUGAUGCAGAUGAUAUGCUUGAUGAGCCUGCUAAGACUAUGGAGGCGUUUUGUAAUAGUGUGGGCCUGCCUUACAGUCCUGAGAUGCUCAAGUGGGAUACUGAGGCUGACCAUGCGGUUGCCCGGGCUGCUUUUGAGAAGUGGCGUGGCUUCCAUAAUGAUGCUAUUGAGUCGAAGGCUUUGGAGCAGCGGGAGCACAAACGUGCUACCAAGACUGAGGCAGAAUUUGACGCUGAGUGGCGCAAGAAGUACGGCGAGAAGAAUGCUGCCCUCAUCCGCCAGACUGUGGAUGACACCAUGGCCGACUACCUGUACCUGAAGUCUUUCGCCGUGAAGGUCUAG